AUUAAGUGUGCUCUCCCUGGAAGUUGGACGGCGCUAACGUUUCAGGGGGACCAGUCUUCUGGUUUGGCGUUAAUGUCAGAUGCCCACAUUCUGCUGCAGAGGAGAGUGCACCAGGAUGAGGAGACUGUAGGCACCCGCCGUAGUAUGGCCGCGUCCCGUUCUUCGCGUGUCACAAGGUCAUCAGUGGGGCUCAAUGGAUUGGAUGAGAAGUUUUGUGGUCGAACCCUCAGAAACCGCAGCAUCGCCCAGCCAGAGGAGACCUCAGUAUCUCCCCAACCUAGGGCACGCUCCCCCAAAAAGAAGCAGGAGUCCAAGCAGGAUACCAAUAAGGACAACAGGCAGGAGUCCAAGCAUGAUACCAGAAAAGAGUCAAAGCAUGAUACCAGUAAGGACUCCAAACAAGAGUCAAAGCAGGAUUCCAGUAAAGACUCCAAACAAGAGUCAAGUCAGCAUGCCAAUAAGGUUUCCAAGCAAGAGUCAAAGCCUGAUACCAGUAAGGUCUCAAAGCAAGAGACCAAGCAAGAUACUAGUAAGAACUCCAAGCAAGAGUCAAAGCAGGACAAUAGGAAGGACUCCAAGCAAGAAUCAAAGCAGGAUACAAGUAAGGACUCAACACAAGAGACAAAGCAGAAUAAUAGUAAAGAGUCCAAGAAGGAUACAAAUAAGGAUUCUACACAAGAAUCAAAACAGAAUAAUAGCAAGGACUCUAAGCAAGACUCCAAGCAGGAUACAAGUAAGAACUCCAUUAAAGAGACGAAGCAGGACGCCGUCAAGGAGUCGAAGCAGGACGCCGUCAAGGAGUCGGAGCAGGACGCCGUCAAGGAGUCGGAGCAGGACGCCGUCAAGGAGUCGAGGCAGGACGCCGUCAAGGAGUCGAGGCAGGAGUCGAAUGACAAUAAACAAGACAACAAGCAGGACACUGGUGAGGAACUUGAUCAAGACUUUGAGCCGGAGUCAAAGCAUGCUGCUAAACAUGACACAAAACCACAGGAAACCUCCUUGCAAGAUAGUCAGCAACUGGACAUGUUGCAGAGAAACAUAGCUGACUCCAGUAUUCCUGCAGGUGAUGAGGAUCAUUCGACCGUCUCUAGGAAGCGGGGCAUGUCACGUUUGGAAAAAGACCUUAACCAAGAGAAGUCCGAGAACUGUGACACAGGGAAAGGGUGGCGGAAUACCUCGCCUCCAAUCAAAAGGGCCAAGCAGUGCUCUCUCGCUGGAGAGUUUCUGGGACAUGAAGAGGACCAAGGGUUUCUGAAUCCCCAAAGUCAAGUUUCUGUCUCAGAGCCUUGCAAGGACUUAAUUUGUGAAGACUUACCCAGCCACAACUCUUGUAAUGCACCACCUGCCUCCUCUAUCCUCAGUGAGCAGGAAGGUGAGGUAAUUGGGCGACAGGUGAAAGAAGAUCAUUGCAUGGAUUGUGAUGGGCCAGUUUUGCCACAAAAUUCCCAUAAGGCCUCUAAUGGACUCAGAGAAACUGAUGCAGAGGAAACUAGCACAGUCACUGAACAUCCCAGUGCAACCCCCACCUCUGCCACCAGCUUCCCUUCUCUGCUAAAUGGCAGUCAAAUGGAGGUUCCCUCAUCCCCUGACUCCUCUGUGCCUUUUAAAAACUCUGUACCUGGGCAAAUGGAGGUCUUUGGCUCAGGAGAAUCACCAGCCUCAUCUGCACUAACAUUUAUGGGUGCUGUAGAAGAUCCUGUUCCUGAGUUGAUAGUGGCCAAAGAGCAGGAGGUGGAGGAGGUGGAAGUCGAUGUGGUGGGUGACCCCUUGGGUCUGGCUCACGAGGAGCAGGUGACUGUGAGUGAGGGCGAUACAAACGGCCGGUCACCAUCACCAGUACAGGAACCUGCUGCCUCCACUUCGUCCUCUACUGCGAACGUAAACUGUAGUUCAGUCAACAACAGCAACUCAGGAGAAACUACGCCCACACCCACAACACCCCAAUCCCCCACAGAGCCAGAGUGCAACCCUUCAAUGUCCAGCACGACCCCUUCUUUCACAGAGCUCAACGAACACAGAUAUACCCUGCGGACUUCACCUAGGAGAGUUGUGUCUGGUGGGAAAGCAUCUCCCGCCAAACCCAGCUCUCCUGUGACAGACAAUGGUCCCUUUAGGGAAGAAGGGGAGGUGGAGGACGACUGUCCAAUGUUAGAGGAACCUUCUUGCUCAGACUCAGUUGGCCUCUCCAGUGAGGAGCCAAGUUCUGUGAAUCCUAGUUGUAGAGCAGGUGAGAAGGACAGUGACUUUAUGGAGGACAAGGAGACAGAAAAUGGCAAGGAGCUAACACAUAGCGAGACCGUUGAAGAGGAGGAGGAGGAGGAAGAGGAGGAGCCAGACGUGUAUUACUUUGAGUCAGACCACCUGGCUCUUAAACACAACAAAGAUUAUCAGAGGCUGCUACAGACCAUCGUAGUCCUGGAGGCGCAGCGAGCUCAGGCCAUUCUGGACCUGGAGACGUUGGCACGUCAGCAGAGGGAGGCUCUGUCUGAACCCAUCAGCUUUGUGGAGCAGCUGCAGAAACAGGCGAAUCUGGGUCUGCCAUGUCCCCAGCGGGUCGUCCAGCUCCCGGACAUCGCCUGGGAACAGUACACCUCCGGUCUGGGGGAGUUCGAGAGAGAGUUCUGCGACAAGAAACGGAAAACCCGGCAGCUGAAGUUAAUCUUUGAUAAAGGUUUGCCUCUUAGACCAAAAAGUCCUGUUGAACCCAAGAAGGAAGGUGAAUCGUCAGCCAUGUACUCCUCUCUUCCCACCAGCGACGCCCCUGAGAACGGCAGGCAAACACAGAUGAUCAGGGGGAGGAUUUGCCACCCAAAUAAGCCUGACACGUUUAACCAGCUGUGGACGGUGGAGGAGCAGAAAAAACUGGAGCAGCUGCUUGUUAAGUUCCCGCCUGAAGAGGUGGAGUCCAAAAGGUGGCAGAAGAUCGCUGAUGAGCUCGGCAAUCGAACGGCCAAACAGGUUGCCAGCAGGGUUCAAAAGUAUUUCAUCAAACUGACAAAAGCUGGUAUCCCUGUGCCUGGAAGAACCCCCAACCUCUGCAUGUACACUAAAAAGGCCUCCAGUAAGAGACAGCAUCACCUAAACAAGCACCUGUACCGGCCGUCCACCUUCCUGACCUCCUACGAGCCUCCGGUCUACAUGGAGGACGAGGACGAGCGCGCGGCGUUUUACCACAGCGUGCAGGACCCUUCUGCUGACGAUUCGGAUGAGGAGAGCGUUCCUGUGGAGCUGAGGAACCUACAAGAGUACAAAGAGCUUUUACAGCUGAAGAGGUUGAAAAAACAGAAACUCCAGGAGAUUCGGGAGGAUAACGCCGAGGUGCAGCACAUGGGUUACAAGUGCGACGUGUGCAGCAUGGAGCCCAUCCAGGGGGUCCGUUGGCACUGUCAGGACUGUCCUCCAGAAAACUCGGUCGAUUUCUGCUCCAACUGCUCAGACUGCUUAUUCAAGACGGAGACCCAUAAACCCGACCACCACCUGGAAGCGGUGUAUCAGCCAGACACCUUUCUGGACAGGGACUACUGCCUGCCGCAGAGCGCAGGCUACAACUACCUGGACCCUAAUUACUUCCCCGCCAACAGAUGACAGAGUCCCAGGCGCCGCUAACUCCAAGCCGUCUCUCUCUCUCUCUCUCCACACGUCCUGCAGGCCACUCUGUGCAUGGCUCCAUCCUGUAAGCCCAAGAUUACCGCUGAGCCGGGGCGGCGGGGUUAGAGUUAGAGCAGACCUCGGCUCUGAUGCAGGUUGCCCAGCAACGCCUCAGCCGGGUUAUUCAGAAACUGUAUUUAAAAAAAA